AGUCACAUGUCUGAUGAUUUGUGACUGAUUUAUUUUGAGGUUAUUAUAAACAAUCAAAAUUUGUUGUUUUUAAUUAUUCUGUUAAGUGGUUAAACUUUCAUCAGUUAAAAUGGAAGAAAAUUACGAUAUUGUAACAUUACAAAUUAAAGAAUCUACCAUUAGGUGUAGCCGCGCUGAUUUAAUCAAACACAGUGAUUAUUUCAAAGCCAUGUUUGAGGGGAACUUCACCGAAAGUUCAAAAUCAGUGAUUACAUUAAACGGCGUCGAUCCUGAAGCUUUGACCAUAAUUAUCAAAUUAAUAUGGGAUAGGGAGUAUGUCAUUGAAGAAAACAUAAUCUUAUCUGUAGUCCAAGCAGCUUGUAUGUUGCAAUUUUUGGAAAUUAAAAACAUAUGCAUUGAACGAAUUACAUCUAUGUUGUGUGUAAACAACUGUCUUAAAAUUUGGUGUUACACUGAAGCAUUAGAUCUCCCAGAAGUCUCACUCAAAGCUAAACUGUUAUCAUUGCUUGAGUUCAAAUCAGUCAAAGAUUCGCGUUAUUUUUUAGAGCUAGAUUUAAACGAAUUGAUAAAUUACGCAGGGAGUGUGCAUUUGCACACCACUUCAGAGUUUGAGAUUUUUGAAUCGAUUAUGAAGUGGUAUUGCAAUGUGGAAGAAGAAAAUUUUGAGAUGUUAUUAAAAUUGUUACAUUGCUUGGAUUUUAAUGCGUUAAAGAUUGACGAAGUUAGGGAAAUCGUAGCUAAUCCCAAAAUCAAUAAACAUGAGACCCUUCCUGAGAUUUUAAAUUGUGUGAUUUCUCUAAAAAAGGACCCCAAUUUUGUUAAUUUCAAUACAGAAUGUAUUAACCAUGCGAAAUGUUUACUCAAAUCAAAAAGUCGGAAUCUUCACGGAUAUCCUUGUAUUUUACUGGAUGGAUUUAUACAGUUGCAUACACCCUUCGCUGAAGCGUCAAAAUUUUAUUACACCGAUCAAUGGAAACGUAGGACACCAUACAAUGAUUUGAAAGACACCAUGAACUCCUCCUCCACUGCUGUUUAUUUGAAUUUGCAUUCCUUACAAUUCAAAAAAUUCCUAACAAUGAAUCAAAGUUGUGAAACAUUAAACGGAUUUAGAAUCUGCGGUUACAAACAGUUUGUUUUUUUGUAUGGGGGAGAGCAGAUGGUGGGCAAUUCAGCGAAAAGUUUGGGCAAGGGAAGAUGGAAUUUGGACUUUUGUUCCUAUGAUGUUAUUAAAGACUGUUGGAAAACGCAGAAGUUGCCGUUUCCAAGACGUCAUUUUGAGACUUGUAUUUGUGGGAAAUAUUUGUUUGUGGUUGGAGGGACUGGGCCUUUUAGAGUUAUCCAAGAUAAUCUUUUUUGGUAUGAUCUUGAGGAAGAGAAGUGGAGUGAAGAGGUGAAAAUUCCUUGUGUUGGGAAACAGAUCAAAUGUUGUUCAUUUGGAGACAAAUUAUUUAUUUUGAAUAUUAACAACAAGUGUGGUUAUUUGUUUUCCCCAGAUAAAAUGAAUUGGACCACUUUAACAUUCUGUGAUUCAUGCAAUGAUCUUCCACCUUUUUCGGAUGUAUUAUCUUUAUUUUGUUACAAGUCUAGUAUCUAUAUUAAAGAAAAAAAAUUAUUUGAACUUGAAAUACAAAACGAUACUCUCGUUGUAAUUAGAAGUAGUACUUUGGAGGAAGUAGACCUGAGUACAACAAACCAAGUGGAGUCAGUUUUGUGCAAUAAUACUUUGUUUCUGUACAUUAUUGACACGUAUUCGAGUAGGGAUCCUAAUGAACCGUUUGUUCUCGAAUUGCUUAAUGUUGAUACGCUUCAAUUUACUAGAAUUGCUGAAAAAUUCCAUAUUUUGGAGGUUGAUAAACAAAAGUAUAUGUUUAGGAAAACAUCUGCCGUUUUUUUUGUCUUUCAUCCUAAUUUAGUUAAGGGGAAUGAUCUUGUUAAUGUUUUUUUAAAGACUGAACAUUAAUUGUCUUUUGAUAUAUAGCACGAAAAGUUUGGAGUUUACAAUAAAAAAUACGAUUUGCCGUUGUAAAAAAUUUAUUCUUAGCCUAACUUGAUACAAAAUGUUGUAUUUCACUUAUAAUACUUGGAAGUUUAUCCGCUUUGAAUAAGAUUAUUGCUCUGUGUGGAAUUAAUUCCUUAUC